CCGGGUCCGGCAGCGCAGCAGCAUCUGCUCCCAGCCGCGUGCCAGAACAGCCACGUCAGGAGCCAGAAAUCUCUCCAGCCGACCAGGACUGAAUCCCUGCUCUGGGUAUAGUGAGAAAACGAGGAGCCCAGCGCGUGCCCACGUGUCCCACUGAGACGAGAGAAAAUAAUGGAUCCCACUGGGACGAAACUGGGGCCGGAGUUUUAUCCUGAGAUCCCAGGAAACCCCAAGAGCGGAGCGGAGCCAGGUAAUGGCCGUAGCUGCAGGCUCAGGAAACAUGCUGCAUGUACAGUCUCACUGAGUGUUGUACUUGUCGUUCUGGUUGUUGCUGUUGUUGCUCUGGCAGUGCUGGUACUUAAAGCACAGCCCCAAUUCAUGGCCUGGUGCCCAGACGGCUGGAUCGGAUACCGAGGGAAAUGCUACUAUUUCUCCGAGGCUGAAAAUAACUGGAACAACAGCCAGAGACACUGUUUUGAGCUUGGUGCUUCCCUGGCUGUGAUCGACAGUGACCAGGACCUGGCUUUCAUGAUGCGAUACAAAGGCAUCUCCGAGCACUGGAUUGGCCUCUGGAAAGAGCAGGCGAGACAGACCUGGAAAUGGGUGAAUGGUUCUGAUUUCAACAGCUCGUUCCCGAUGGGAGGAGGAGGGGACUGCGCAUACCUGAAUGACAAGGGCGUCAGCUCUUCAAGGUGCAUCACUGGGAGAAACUGGGUCUGCAGCAAACCUGAUGCAUAUACAAGCCAGAAAAAUGCAACUCAGUGUCAGGAGCUGAAAAGCUUCACAAUGGGCUACUAGAGAAACUGCCUCUCGCACAAUUUGUCUACAGUCGAAUUUAUAAACAAGGGCUGAAGAAUAAAAUAGAAACAUUUCCAGUGGAUGCUGGAUUAUUAGGUUAAUUAAACUGAAAAAUGACAGGAGAAAGGAACGUCAGCAGGGUCUGGCCACAUGAGAGGAACGGGCCACAAAUGAAAUAGUGUGACAAAUACAGAUAAGGUCCAGCAGAGGAAGAACUAGGCAUUACUCAUCCAUCUUCCUACGUCCAAAUGCAAUUGCAACAGCUCAGGAGAAGGAGCCAAGGUGAACUGCUGAUCCCACUGAAAUCUAUGCACAUUUUCCCAUUCAAUUCAAUGAGGCCAGCGUUUCACCCGGGGUGUCAUUGUAGAUCACCCAGUGCAAACCUUGGCUGAGUGUGCAGCAGCUGACAACAAAGCAAGCAAGAUGUUGGGGUAUAUUGGGAACACACUAGGUGAUGUUACAGAAAAUUCUCUGAUGUCAUUAUAUGAAUCAAAGGGACACCUGAUGGGGAACACUGUGUACAGUACAGGUCACCCAUCUCCAGAAGGACGCUGCAGAACGAGAGGAGGUUCAGAGACUGGUAACAAGAAUGAUGGGAGGCCAGGUGGGACUUUCGUGUGUCGAGAUUGGAGCUGUUCUUGUCGGAGAAUAAGAGGAUGUGAACAAGGGGAGAAAAACAAAGACUGGGAUGAGGAAGAUAGAUUGAGGUGCUGCUAGUCAAUCCAUCUCUUCAUACAAGAGCAAUGGGAACACUUAACAAAACUGAAAAUCAGCAAAUUUGCAACUGAUCAAAGGACCGAUGUUUUUGCACAACACGCAAUUAGUCUACAGAACUCACUGCUACAAGAUGUUGUUGAAACCAAGAGUUUGGCAGGAUUUGUUUUUAAAAGGACUGGGACAUUAGAGGAGUUCUUGUUCAUACAAGAGAGGAAAUGAACAGAAGGGAAGGGAUCCAAACCUUCUUACUUCAGGGCAUGAAGCACCAUCUAAGUAAUGAAGAUCAGGAGGAAACUUCUCCAUUUGGUCGGUUAUUCCGUCACUGUCCACUAGGAGGUCUCUUGACCUGUGUUCUGAAGCCGCUGGUGCAAGCCACGAAUGCACUAUAGCUCUGAAUUCGUCUUGCAGUUACUCUACCCAGUGACCUCACCCUUUAAUAACCGAUGGCUCUUCCUGCGCCAAAGACGAUCCCUGCAGCUUUUAGAAAUGAAUUCAGCCUUAGUUUUGCUUCCUGGGGCAGGACCCCCGGGCAGUGUGGAUUUUUGCCGAGCAGUGCGGCUGGAUAGCAGCAGAUGUUCAGGAUGUCCAGAACUGACUUUCCAACCCCAGGGCUCCUUUUCAUUGGAGCAAUUUCCCUGCUAGAGCUGCCCAGUGCUCGGGAAGGAGCAUUUAAGAGAGUGCCUCCAUGCUCCAUGGUAGAUUAUCCAUGUGGAAUUGCUUCGUUUGAUCUCAUUUAAUUUAUUUAUUAUUAGGAUGACAGAUCUAAAUAGUUGAUAAAUCAGCCGCUCGCUGCUUUUAAAACAACCGUCUCUCCUGUCUUCUCCAAAAGGGGGUGCAGACAGGGAGCUUUAACACUCUUAAUACGUCCCAGAGAAAUGGGAAACCGGCCUGACUGAACUCACGUGGGCCAGUUCUCUCAGGAUUCAGAGUUUAAAUUCUUUGGGCAAACAACCCAGCUGUGAAAAAGUCACCUUAACUGAUCACUCCAGUGUGUAUGGUAAUACCCAUUGU